AUGACGAUUCCGCUUUUGGAGUUACAGGCUGCAGUCUUGGGUUGCUGCCUUAAAGAGUCGCUUGAACGCUGCCAUGAUUUCCGAGUAGACAACACUACGUUUUGGAGUGAUUCCAAGACUGUCAUACUCUGGAUCCGUUCAACCAACCGAAAUUUCAAGCAGUUUGUCGCCUAUCGCGUAACCGAAAUAUUAGGCGUACCAUCUGCGGACCAAUGGCGGUGGAUUCCGACAACGCUGAACGUCGCUGACGAGGUGAGACGAGCCUGUUCAUCCUUUGAGAGCGAAACACAAUCAAGGUGGUUCACGGCACCAGGGUUUCUCUACCAAGACACAUCGCACUGGCCACAGGAGUUACCAGAGCUGACAUCCGACCAUUGCGCUUCGGAAGAAUGCGUGGGACGAGUCUUAUUGCUGUCAAAUUCUGGCGAAGUUGUGGCCUGGAUUUUCCGAUUUUUCUACAAUGCUAUAUCUGGUACUCGUCAAAGUGGAGAGCUGAAUGCCAUAGAGCUUGCCAACGACGAGAAAACCGUUCUUCGAAAAGUUCAGAACGACUCUUUUGCUGAAGAGAUCAACGCCAUUAAGCGGAAAACGUCUCUUUCGAAAUCGAGUGCGAUAUACCAGCUGACAGCGUUCUUAGAUAGCGAUUGUCUGCUAAAAGUCAACGGCAGAAUCGAUUCCGCGUACUGCCUGCCUAUUACAGCUCGACGCCCGGUUAUUUUACCUCAAAACCAUCAUGUUACACGACUUAUUAUGAAGCAGUAUCACUGUCAACUUCACCAUCAAACUUAUUGCCUAACCAUCAAUGAAAUGAGACAAAGGUUUUGGGUACCGCGUGCGCGCUCACUACUUAAGUCAACGAAAAGGGAGUAUCCGGUAUGCGCUUACAACAAAGCUAAACCAGCGAUUCCGCUUAUUGGCCAGUUGCCAUUAGAUCGCUUAACGCCAUACGUUCGUCCGUUUUCGUACGCCGGAGUCGACUAUUGCGGUCCGUUUUAUAUAAAGUAUAAUGCCUAG